GGGAAGGCGAGGCAACAGUAACAGCUGGUACGCAGCACCCACAGCACCGCGGCAGCAGCUGGUACCGAAAUCCCGCCUAGCUCUUUUGACUCUGUCCGCGGGAAGAAUGGGGAAAUAGUAAGGCUGCGGCGCCUCCCGCGAGAAGAGGUACCUGAGGCUCGCGCCGCAGUCCGCCGCCGCACCGGCACCGGAGCUCCACACCCCACUUCCGGGGUCAAGUCACCGCCGAGAAUCCACUGAUCGCAGAAGGUGACAGCGCGAUUGCGAUUUAGUUUUCCGCGCAUUUAAUUGGCGAAGCUGGAGCGCUAGUCUUCGCUGAUUGGUGCCGGGAAAUCUGCCCCAUAGACACCCGCGGGGCGCACAGUUUCAGUAGUUCGUGGGUUUCCCGCCAGCUGCAGUCUUGGACCAUAAUCAUGGUGGACAUGAUGGAGUUACCGAGGUCGCGCAUCAACGUCGGCAUGCUAGCUCAGUUCAUCGACAAGCCUGUCUGCUUCGUAGGGAGGCUGGAAAAGAUUCAUCCCACUGGAAAAAUGUUUAUUCUUUCAGAUGGAGAAGGAAAAAAUGGAACCAUCGAGUUGAUGGAACCCCUUGAUGAAGAAAUCUCUGGAAUUAUGGAAGUGGUUGGAAAAGUAACCACCAAGGCCACCAUCUUGUGUACAUCUUAUGUCCAGUUUAAAGAAGAUAACCAUCCUUUUGAUCUUGGACUUUACAAUGAAGCUGUGAAAAUUAUCCAUGAGUUUCCUCAGUUUUAUCCUUUAGGGAUUGUGCAACAUGAUUGAUCGUGAUGGAUUUUCAUACAAUUGCAAAUGAGCUAUAUUAAAGACUAUUAAAGGAAGCCCCUCUAGUUUGAGGGAGAGAUUUCUGUGCUUUCUCAUAUUUAGUUUACUCUUUUUAAGAUAUUCCAACCUAGAGUUUUUGAUGGAACUGAUAUAUUGACAGUUCUCACCUAAGUCCUUUUAUAAAGAAUUGUUACUCCAAUAUAUGGUCAGAUUAGAUGCAAGAAUAAAGCAGUUGUCUGAGUUUAGGUUUCUAUUUUAUUAAUAAAAACUAAAAUGGUAC